AUGGAAACUUACAACAGACCCUUAACUCCUCCUGACAACGAUCGUCUCAAAGACUCUACAUUGCCCGAAGUUGCUUCUCUUCAAAAGAAACAAGACCAAGUCUUUCCUCCCGUUACAGGCGCUACUGCUGAUAUAACCUCUACUCAACCUAUCACUAAAAAUAACGCUACUACCACAAACCAUUCUACUUCAAACCCCUUUGCUUCAGAUACUGCUGAUGCUCGUCGUACCUCCCAACCUCCUCCUGGUUACCAACAUGGUGUUGCCUUCCCAUUUGAGAAGGGCACGUCUUCCUCUCCUGUGACCAGUACAGCUACAUCUGCAGCCAGUCCUACCAACAACACUGCAAAGUACGGUAGCUCACAACGUAAUGAUACGACCCAUCGUAUCGAAACCGAGGCCUUGAACAUUCUCCAAUGGAAAAAUCCUCUCCGCUCGGGUGCCAUCAUGGCCAUGAUUGUAGGCUCAAUCAUCCUUAGUCGUUGGUACUCUUUGCUCCAGUUAGGUUCUAUGGCUCUGACUUUGGCCAUUGGCAUCAAUCUGAUUUAUGUUCACUUUAUGCUUCAAAGUCAAAAGGUGCUCACAAGCACUGACAAUGUAUCACACCCCUACAGAGACGUCAUUGAUAAUGAAAGAUCGACAGCCAUCGAUCGCCAAAGCGUUCGUCGCUACACCAACAUGUUUAUCGAAGUGGCUGAGACGGUCAUUCGUGCCUUGACUCGUAUUGUCUUUAUUGAUGACACCAAGACAAGCAUCAAGUGGCUUGCCAUCUCUUUUACUAUCUGGAAGAUCUCUGCUCAUAUGUCUACUGUCAACAUCAUCCUCUUGGUCACACUCUCUGCCUUCACUUUCCCUCGCUUGUACAUCACAAACAAGGACGUGGUUGACUCUCAUCUUCAUAAGGGUCAGACCUUGAUUCAGAACAGUAUCACCAAGGCGCAAGAAGUUGCCAAGGAUGGUAUUAAUGAUACUUAUGCAAAGGCUAGAGCUUUAGCUGCAAAGGCUGGAACAACAGGUACUGAUGCUAAGAAUACCUUAAAUAACUCUUCUGUUACUGUUAAACAAGACUAA